GGUGGCGCUACCAACCAAGGGUUCGUCUGUGCGGCAGAAAGCAGCAUAGUUUCCCCUCCCAACAGUUUAACCACGGAUGCCGCAGGAGGAGGUCUGUACGCUCUCGUCGUCUCCUGAAAGAUUACUGCCUUAUUAUGGCAGAUGCAGGCUUCUUCCGCGGUACUUCUGCAGAGCAGGAUAACCGGUUUAGCAAUAAAGAUAAGAAGCUCAUGAAGGAGAUGAAAUUUGCUGAAAGCUUAAGCAAAAAGGUUGAUAUGACCAAAGUGCGUUUAGAAGUGAUCAAACCUUGGGUCACGGAGAAAAUCACAGCCAUUUUAGGCAUAGAGGAUGAUGUUGUAAUAGAAUAUGUCUUCAAUCAGUUGGAAGCAGAAAAGAAUCCAGAUCCCAGGAAAAUGCAGAUAAUGUUGACAGGCUUCUUGAAUGGUAAAAAUGCCCGUAUAUUUAUGGGAGAAUUAUGGGAGCUGAUGGUGUCUGCCCAGGCCAGUCCAUCAGGCAUACCUAAGCAGUUCCUAGACCAGAAAAAAGAAGAGCUUAAAAAGAAAAUGGAAGAAGAAGAAAGAUUACAGAAGAUUCAAGAAGCUAGAAGAGAACGAGAUAAAGACAAAGAAAAAGAAAAAGAACGGGACCGAGAUCGUGAUAAGGACAGAGAAAAGGACCGCAGAGACAGGAGGAGUCGCAGCAGAGAUAGAUCUUCACGAAAUUCACGGCGAGAUAGGUCUCGCUCUCCACGUUCCAAGGAUGACAAAAAAGACCCCAAAAAAGAUUCAUCUCGGUGGGAUAAAAAGGAUGAAACAAAAAUUAAAGAGGAGAAGAAGGAAGCAAAUGGUGAAGCUACAACAAAAGAGAAAUCUUCAUCCACCAAGUCACCCAAACGUGAAUCUUCACCCAAGCUGGAGGUAUCAGUCAAACAAGAAAAGCCUGAAAUUUCUGCAAAGAAGGAACGAAGUGAUAGAGGAGAGAGAGGAGACAAGGGUCAUACUAGAGAUAGAAAGAACAUACGAACUGACAGGUCUCCCAGGGGGAAAUCUCCAAGAAAGGAUGAUGAUCGCAGACGUAGAAAUUCUCCUCGAAAACAUUCACCAGGAAUUCGAAAGCGAUCACCUAGUAUUAGGAAGAGGUCACCCAGUCCACGUAAACGGUCACCCAGUAUUCGGAAGAGGUCACCGAGUCUUCGUAAAAGGACGCCCACGCCUCGUAAGCGAUCUCCCAGUGUCCGGAAAAGAUCGGUCACUCCUCGCAAGCACUCUCCUAUUUCACGUAAACGUUCACCUAGUCCUCCAAAGAGAUCUGGUAGCCCACGCAAACGUUCUUCAUCUCCAAGACCUAAAGUGCGUAGACGACCUACACGCUCGCCCAGCUCCAAUUCAGAGUCUUCCAGUGGUUCACGCUCAAGGAGCCGAUCCGUCCUAAGGAAUAAGGAUGAUGACUUUGAGAUUCAUCGGAAAGAGGAUUCUGUCUUGAAGAAAAGGCAGUACAGAUCUAACAGGGAUCCUUCAACUUCAGAGGAUGAGGGUCCAUCCCGUAAUUUUGCUGGUGAGCACAGAGGUGGUGGAAGCCCACCUCGUCGUAAUGCUCCACACCCUGGCAAGCGAUCCAUGUCUCCUCGAAGAGGAAGGAGAUCUCCCUCACCACGGUACCGCCGAAGGUCCCCAAGUCCUCGCCGUCACACUCCUAGUCCAAGGUUUCAUAGAAGAUCACCCAGUCCACGUGGUAGGAGGUCCAUCACUCCUAAGGGAAGUCCUCGGAUGCGUGGAUCGCCUCCCAUAAGAGGUAGAAUGUCACCACCACAUAUGAAAAGAGGAAGAUCACUCAGUCCUCGAGGCAGGCGAUCACCUAGUCCUAGGAACCGAAGAUCUCCAAGCCCAAGAGGACGUAGGUCACCUAGUUUAAGAGGAAGACGAUCAGUUAGUCCAAGAGGGCGUAGAUCACCUAGUCCAAGAGUACGUAGAUCUUCGAGUCCUCGCAGGAGACCAAUGUCACCCCCUCAAAGAUAUCACAACUCUGGCUCACAUUCACCAAGUCGCAAGAAACAUCGUAGUGCCUCAAGAUCACCUCGACGCACUGGUGGCCCAGUUCUUCCAGGUGGUGACAAGAAACACAACAUAAGCAAUGCCAGUCGCUUGAUGCAACUAGCAAACUAUUCUGCUGAUACUAUUAAAGAAGUUCAGAAUAAACUAACAAAGACAAAUACUAAUAAUCAUUCUGCCUCUCCAGGAGUUUCCGAUAAGACGUCCCAGGCUACGCAGAGACGAAGAGAAAUCGAGGUCUUUUCAGAGUCUGUUUCCCCAAAGGGAAAAGGGAGAAGAUUAGAUUCGGGUUCUGCUGACGGUUCAAUAGAAGAGGAAAAAGGGUAUCUAGCAGAGACCCUCCCCAGUAAAAAGAAGAAGAAAAAAAAGAAGAAGAAGCAAAAAAAAAGGGAAAAGCGCACUGACUCUGAACUGUCGGAAGUUGAAGAAAAGAAAAAGAAGAAAAAGGAUAAGAAGAAAAAGCACAAGAAGCAAAAGAAACACAAGAAGCACAAGAAACACAGACAUGAGGAGACAGAGAGUGAGUCAGGAGAGAGCAUGGGAGCAGAAGAGCUUGAACGGAAGUUACGAGAGAAAGCCCUUCUGUCCAUGAAACGUCAGGAGCGAUCAUCUGCAGCUUCAGAAUCGGAGUAGGGACAGGUGCCAUUGUGUACACCGAAGAUAGAAGCAUGGGUAAAUUAAAAAAAAAAAAAAAUUAAGGCACUAAUGUUAGUGAAUGCAACGGUUGCUGUGUUGGUAUCAGUGGGACUUCUUAAACUGACUGGGUGGUUAGUGCCACAUAAAGAAUACCUCUCCAUGCCACAUACCUCUGGACAAUGUGUGUGAUGUAUAUACAGUAUUUAAUUUUAUUACAAUUUUUUUUUAAUUCUUACCUAAGUGGGGAAAAUUCAUCCUUUACAUUAGGUUAUGCAAAUCAUGCUAUUAGGAUAAAAACUAUAAUAGUACAAUAAUUAUGGAAAGUGUUAAACUUAGAAGAGCCAUUUAUUGAAGUGUAUAGAACCAAGUAGACUGCUUUCCAUCUUCACUUGUUAACCCAUAAUUAUUGUAAUUAAAAGAAAAGUACUUUAAAAGUUGAGGGAAAUAGUGGUUCACAAUUUGAUAUAAUGACUGAAUAGAGAUUUUUUGACUGGUUAGUUUUUGAGAAUCAUUGGUACCAUUAUACAUGGAAGUCUGAGAACUGAGACAAUGUGUGCAUUUUUUUCUUUGCCUAGUGACAAGGUACAGUAUUAUUAUAUGCUAACAUGAAAUGUUUGUCAUUAAAUUAUAUUAUGAGGAAAAUUAUUUUUGUCUAUCGGGGUAGUCUAAACCAGUUUUAUAGCAUAUUUCUCUUAAGAGUUGACUCUUAAUCACGUAGGUUAUUUUUUUAUAUCCACUGUAUAUAUUAUUCAAACAAAGUAGCAAACACUGGUCAAAGGUAAAAGCGAACCCAUAUGGAGAAAAUAAAGCAGAAAGUAUGAGCAGCACUAUAAAUUUUGUGUACAAUGAAUCCCUCAGUCUGCUGAAGAGAUGAAAUAUUACCUUCCAUUUCCUUUUCUCCAUUCGAGUUUGCUUGUAAAAAAUGUUAUAUAUAUAUACUGUAUAUAAAUUUUGGAAGUUCACAACAGUACACUACAUGGUUGUUCAUUCAGCAGUUUUUCUUAUAAAUAGUUGCAAAAUGUAUGUCAAUUUUUGUAUCUUUACUAUGCACAGUAUUUGCAGUUUUUUUUUUUUUUUUUCUUUUACUGUAAAUGUUUAUAAGAAAUGCUAAGCCACAGUUUACCGAUUGUGAUUAUGUAAAUGAGUAAAAUGCUGUUAAUAAAGAUUUUGAAUGAAA